AUGGCUACCAUCGAACAGAAAAAGUCAUUUAUUAGUCUAUGUUCAUCAAUAAUUAAUAAUUUUCACGAUAAAAUAAGUUUAAUAGAAGACCUAGCUGAAGAAAACCUAACCAGUACGUUGAUAGCAUUUUUAAAAUCUAAAUUAGAGGAAAAAGCUCGCGAAGCAUUACCGACGCAAAUACUAUCAGUUAAUGACAUCAAAAUUGCUCUACGUGGAAGGAUUAAACCUGAUAAUUCCAAAGUUGUUGCAGGAAAAAUUUCGGCGUUACAUGUCAACAAUAAUAACUAUACAGAUUUUGCUGAACGCGUAGAAGAACUGGCCGACUCUUUAGAGCGUUCCUUAAUUAUUAAAGGAAUGACUCAACGAAAAGCUCACGAAAUGGCCGUUGAGCAAACCGUAAAUGUUUGUCGAUUAAAUGCCAAGUCGGAUCUAGUCAAGUCGAUACUUUCUUCAACAACAUUUUCCGAUUCCAAAGACGUAGUAGCAAAGCUGAUAGUGGAGCAAAAUAACGAAGUAAAAGAGCGUCAGGUUUUAGCAUUUCGCACACGCGGAAGUAGCUUUUCCAGAAAUGUUCGUGGUAGUUUUCGUGGGCAUAGUAAUUAUAACCCAAAUCGCAAUUUUACAGGUUAUAGGAACAGGUUUUAUUUAGGCAAUGGAAAUCAGCGCUAUCGACCCGCUAACGGAAACACCUACCAAAGUGGCAGCAAUAAUAACCGUUUUAACAAUAAUCGUGGUAACAAUAGGAACAACACCAAUAAUAGCAGAUCUUCGAACAAUAGGGGUAGAAAUGCAAAUGUCCGUGCUUUAAACGCUCACGCAUCUCAGGAGCGAACACUGGGGGAGCAGGAGCUAGACCACUAA